AAACCAUAUGAGAAGAUGAACCUUGCACAGUUGAAAGAAGCUGAGGAUGAAUUUGAUGAAGAAGACAUAAAAGCUAUUGAAAUAUAUAGAGAAAAACGAUUACAGGAAUGGAAAGCACUUAAGAAGAAACAAAAAUUUGGGGAAUUGAGAGAAAUUUCUGGGAAUCAGUAUGUGAAUGAAGUUACAAAUGCAGAAAAGGAUUUGUGGGUUGUAAUUCAUCUGUACAGAUCAAGCGUCCCCAUGUGCUUGUUGGUUAACCAGCAUCUUAGCCUCCUAGCAAGAAAGUUCCCAGAAACUAAAUUCCUUAAAGCCAUCGUGAAUAGCUGCAUUGAACACUACCAUGACAACUGUUUGCCAACAAUUUUUGUUUAUAAAAAUGGUCAGAUAGAAGGCAAAUUCAUUGGAAUUAUAGAAUGUGGAGGGAUAAAUCUCAAGCUAGAAGAACUUGAAUGGAAACUAUCAGAAGUUGGUGCAAUACAGACUGACUUGGAAGAAAACCCCAAAAAAGGCAUUGCAGAUAUGAUGGUGUCUUCAAUUAGAAACAUUUCCAUUCAUGACAGUGACAGCUCCAACAGUGAUAAUGAUGCCAAGUAG